AUGUCUCUUUCUAAUGAUCUGACCGUUUCAAAUCAAAAAGAACUACGAAAAUUGGAUCCAUACUUACCAUUUCUUUGGGUACAAACUCUCAUCUCAUCAUUAUUGAAUACAAAUCCUACUAAAACAACAACAAGAAGCAGUAGUGCCAGUGGUGGAAAAAAUACGAAUCACCCAUCCUCCAAGAACAAUCCACGCCGUCUCAAUUUGAUUGAUAAAUCUUCCACACACAAGGAAGAUUUGAAAACGAUAAAUUCAAUUAAAUCAAAUAUCGACUAUACACUCCUGAAUACCGUUAAAAAAUUGCACGUUUCAAAUUUAAAAUGUUGUGAUUGUAAUAGUACGGAGAAUGUGGAAUGGAUUUCAAUUAAUUUACUCUGUACUCUCUGUAUCAAAUGUUCAGGAGCACAUAGAUCUAUGGGUUCGCAUAUCUCAAAGAUUAGAUCUUUAAUAUACGAUAAUUUCAGACCUGAUGAGUUAUUGUAUUUAAUUGAAAAUAAAAUUUCAAACUCUGCAUGCAAUUUACUUUAUGAAUCAAAUUUAGAUCCAGAUUUAAAAAUUGAUUUUAAUUCAAAUGAUUCGGAAAGAUCAACUUUCAUUACCAAUAAAUAUAAACUCAAAAUCUUUAUAAACGAUGGUAAUCAAGAUUUCAAAAAUUCUACAAAGCAAUUGGUUAAAGCAAUUCAUUUAAAUAGUAUCCAUUUAUUACAAUCAUGCAUAGCGAAAAGUAACAUGUCCCUAAGAGACUUAUCCCUACAAUACAAUAAAUCAUCAAAUUUAUCCCUUUUCAAAUAUUCAUUGAAGCAUUAUAAUUUCAUUAAUAACAAGAAAAUUUUUUAUGUAACAGAAUUUCUAUUAAUUAAUAACAUGACACUCGAUACAGAUUUCCCCACAACCUCAGAUCUUUCAAAUGACACUCUUAAUUACUGGAAAUUAAAAUUAACAAAUUCUGGUGAUUUACAACCGCAACUAAAUCCUGGAUCAGUGACAUCAAAGUCAAAUAGUAAUCCUACUAUUGAUAAUGACACCAAAGCGAACGUAAAAAGGAAUUCAGGCAAAAGAUGGAGUUUAGCACUUCUUCCAAGAUCGACAUUACAUAAAUCUUUAAAGAAAAAAUAA